AUGAAGCGGAGUCGCACGCAUUUCGAGUCGUCAAGCAAUGGAGACCCCUCCGCUGCCUCGCCGCAGGGAGCGUUCCCGCCGAAUAAUGGCUCCGAGGAUGACUCGCGGCAGCCUGGCAGGUAUAUCCCGAAGAUCUCGCGUAGGAUCCGCGCGUGCACGGAAUGCAAGCGACACAAGGUUCGGUGUGAUAUGAAGGCGGGGGAGGCGGUAUGUCAUCGGUGUCGGCGCAUGAACUUGGACUGCGUCGUGAACAAGAGUCUGCAGACAUUGUUGGAGGAUGAAGCGGACUGGAAGUCGAUGAUCGAGCUCGCGGUGGCGGAUCUGCUCCGGAAAGCAGAGUUGCCGGAGCUGUCAUACUAUCAAUCAUGCGAUGGAACCCCAGAAACGCUCUCGAAGAAAGGGGAUCGGAAGGAGUCGACUGUCUCGACGGAGGAAUUAGCAACGGCUCUCAUGAGCAGUAGAGCGAACCUGGCCAUGGGUAGUGCGUCUGGGGCUGCGGGUUACGGAUACCAGCGACAACAGCCUCAAUAUUUAAUUGAACGGGAAGACGGCGGAGCUUCGUCGCUGGUAACCGCCCCGAUGGGAAGCCUUUACGAGGUUACUCAACUGGAGCAUUUUCGCAAGGACUCGCCGAGCCGGCAGGAUGCACCGGACCAAACGCUAGGAGCGGAUUUCAUUUCUAGAGGGGUGGUGGCCCUUCAAGAGGCCGAAGAGCUGUUCCAACACUUUGACCAAGUGCUCAACCGCUAUCUGUGGGACGGGAUCCUACUCGUCCAUAAGGACUUGGUGUCUGUCCGCAAGUCUUCCUCCAUGCUUUCGGCGGCUAUUCUUGCCGUCACCGCACUGCACAUGCCGACCAAGGAGCGCAUCUACGAUACCUGCUACGUCGAAUUUGCGAGGCUGGCAUCCGAGUCCAUGCUCGGCCACCGCCACUCCCUCGAUGACCUGCGGGCCCUGUGCAUUGGGGCUUUCUGGCUUGCGGACGUGAGCUGGAAGCUGUCCGGCUACGCGGUUCGCAUUGCCACGGAGCGUAACGUGCACCAGUCCUACCGUAAGGCGGCGCAGGGCUCCCCAGAACAUAUAGAACAAGUCCGGCUAUGGUAUCUUCUUUACGUGCUGGAACACCAUUUCUCGAUUGCAUAUGGCCGACCACCCAUCAUCCACGAAGACCCGACCAUCACAAACCAUAACACGCUCACACUCUCCCCGACAGUCUCCCAGCCGGAUCUUCGCCUACACUGUCAAGUUGAUCUGUUCAUCGUUCUGACCCGAAUCUACCACGCUUUUGGUCCGGACGUCGAUCUGGAAGUGCCGGAAAGCGACUUCCCCACACUUGAUCGCUUUGACGCAGAUAUCAGGGGCUGGGAGACUACUUGGAGUCCGCGGCUGAUAGGAAGCCGGCAUGUUGGCGCGUACCCAAUCAAAGCCAUCUGGCUACACUCUCAUUUCUCCCGCCUACAAUUGAACUCGGUCGCCCUACGGACCUACCACUCCUCCUCCUCUGCACGGGUGAUGUCUCCUGAGCGCAAGAAACGUGCCAACAUUGCCAUUGACUCCGCCAUUGCCACCCUUCAGGUCGUCCUCGACGAGCCGGACAUCCAGCGAGCAUUAGUCGGCGUGCCCCUCUACCUGCACAGCAUGAUCACGUUUGCAGCGGUGUUUCUCCUCAAGAUCGCCGUCAAGACGGGGCCCCCGGGUCAGCUGAAUUCCAUUGCGUCGGCGGGACUCCUUAUCGACCCCAAUCACGUUCGGAAUCUGGUUGCACGGGUUGUCGAGUUGAUGGUGUCCUGCAGUCAGCGGGCGGGAGAGCGCCAUCUCAGUCAUCAUAUCGCUCGUGGGUUGGGAAAGAUGCUUGCCGGGCUGGAGGAGUGGGACAAACGGUGCACACAGCAACAUCAGCAGCAGCAGCAACAACAACCACAGCAACAACAAAAACAACAGCCCUCCGGUCAUCACGCCGCGCACACGCCUCUCCCAUCACUCUUCAAACCGGCCGUCAUUUCGAGUUCCCAGUCCCGCGCCGAGCACGACACGAUUCUGAGCCACCCACCCCCUUUGAUAGGGGUAGCUCCUCUCUCCGCCGAGCGGAACACCGGCUUCGGCCUGACGAUGCCACAGGAGAAGCACCAGCCAGGUCUCUCCGAGGGUUCUGCGGACCCCAUGAUGGCCGACCUGUGGGGAUUUGACGAGGAGUAUUUUCCCACGGGGGUGUUUGACUUUCUUCAGUCGCAGAUGCCGGCUUAA